AUGCAAGCUACGUUUUCAAAUCUUAUGUCAUGUCCAAUGCAUCGUUUACUUAUUAGUUCAUUAUCUGCUAUUGUUCAAUGUAUCACGUUACGUUGUCCGGCAGCUCUACUAUAUAAUGCUCCAUUUGAUGAACAACAAAAACCAGAUACAUUGUUGAAAUAUGGUUCACCUCUUGAUUUUUUACCAUGUUAUCCAUCACAAUUGCCGUUACCAUCGGGUGUUGAUCAAUUAUUAACAAAACAAAUGUUGAUACAAGCCGAAGAUAAUUUAAGGGCAAGAAGUUUAGCGGUUGAACAUAAAUGGUCAACAGAUAAACUACAAAGUAUAUCAGGUCAAGCUAUCUCACGUGUAUUAUAUGUGUUAGAAGUGCUAGAUGAAUUUAAAGAAGAGCGAUAUUUACUUGAAAAUGUUUAUAGUAAAAUUUAUCCUAAUUCAACAUCAAAAGAAAUAUUGACAUCAGAACUUGAAACAGCCAUUGUACAUUUAAUGUGCGAUUGGGCAAUAACAACAUGUCGAGCGGGCGUCUAUAGAGCAUUCUUUGUUGCCAGACUGUUAGAAAAACGUCAAAUAGAAAAAAAAUUGAUUAAUCAACAGCAGACGAAUAAUAUUCUAGAUGAAAAAGAAUCUGACUAUCUAAAUUCGUCAUCUUUAGUCACAAAUCCAUUUCAAAAUGCAUUGACAGAAUAUUUAUUAAAGCAAGCACCAUUUCUCAAUGAAAAUACUGAUACCGAUAGUUCAUUUGCUACGUUGGUUAUGUUAUUUUCUGAGUUAAUUCGUCUUAAUAUAUUUUCAUCCAAACAGUUUAUGUGCUCUCUUGUUUCCCAUGGACUCGUUUCGUUAACUGAUCAUCGAGACGAAAAUCAACAACAGCAAAAUCAUCAACAACUACAAAGUCAUCAUAUUUCCACUAAAAACGUUCCAUUAGCCCCACCAUCACAACCUCCAUCUACUUCUUUUCAUCCAUCUCAACCACAAUUAUCACAUUUCGUUCUAACAAAUAAUAAUUCUGUAUUAGCAAAAUCAAUGUCGUACAAUUCAAUUAGAAAUGAAUCGGGAGAUGAUCAUAAAACCGAUAGUGUACUUGAACGACGUACAUCUCAGUCGACUACACUUGACCUUGAUCAAGUAGAUAACAAUCAUACAAAUAUUGGUUAUUCAACGACAAGACAAAAAACGUCCAAUAGAUUGAAUAGUAAUGUACAAUCAAUUAAUAAUCCAGCAAUAUCAAAUGAUAACACUACAUUAAGAUAUCGUCGAUAUCAAAUUUUUCUAGAACAAUUUCCAUUUCCACUUGAUGAUGAUUUUCGAGAUGAUUUUAAUCAACGAAAAAUUAUAUUAUACGGUAUUUCGUCAAAAAGAGAUGAAGCUCAUAAACAAUUGAAAGCUAAUGUUCGUCAAUUAAGUUCUAUGUUUCGUUUGAAAAAUUGUAUUGAUACUUCAUCUUGUGUUCCACCAUUCACACGUUCAAUACCCUAUUCAAAAUAUUUUCAUAUAAGAACAGCUUUAAUGCAAUUAUCCUAUCAUGAUCAAUAUUAUAUAACAAAUCGUGUUAGUAAACUAUUAUUAGAACGUAUAACAGCCUUUAUUGAACGACAAACACGUCGUUUACCAUGGCUAGAUGAUAUUGCAUUUUUAUUUGAAUUAAUGGAGAAAACAUUGAAUUUAUAUGGACUUACUCAAACAUGUGUAGAAUUAUUGAAAAUAUUUAGUCGUAUUGAAUCAAUGCAUGCCAUUAAAGCAUCACCGGGUAUUAGUAAUUAUGUAGCUGAACUCUAUUUGGAAAUAACAAGUGUAUUUCGAUUUUAUACACCUAUAUUAAUAUUGACACCGACAAAUAUGACACAAGUAUUUGAAAAUUUAAUAACAAUUUGUGGUAAAAUUGUUGAUCCACAACGUACAACAUCGGUCGAACGAGCACUAUUAAUGUUAAUGCAUGAUUUUUAUUUUUCCUGUCCAUAUUUAAAGUCAAAAUAUAGUGAAAAAGUACAACAAACAAUAACAUUAAUAAAAAAAGAACUUUAUGCACAAAAUACACAAAAUAAUAAACAAGAACAACAUGUAAAUAUUAAAUGGGAUCCAAAUUUUUUAAUGAAAAUAAUCGAUACACCAAGAUCAGCAUCAAAUGAAAUUCAAAUUGAUCGAAUAUAUGCUAAACAAUUAGAUGAAAGUUCACAAGCUCGAUGUAAUUUUGUUAUUAAUACGAUGAUUACUGUUGCCAAUUCAACAUCAUUGACAUAUAUUCAUGAUAUGGGUCAUUUAGCGACAGAAUUAACAUGUCAAGUAGCCUCGUUGAAUUCUGUAUGGUUAUUAGCAAUAAAAGCUCUUAGUUCAUGUACAAAUGUUAAUCGUCCAUCUAGUACCGCUAAUAUUUAUAAUGUAUUUGAUGAAUUAAAUAAACGUGUUGAUACAAAUGAUUUAUAUGUUCAUAAUAAUUUAUCGGUUUUUAUAUCGAUAAUGAUUGCACGACACGCAUUUUCAAUUAAUGAAUAUAUUAUUGUCGCUGUUCAAUCUGUUAUUAGUUCUUCACCAAAAACUAAUGGUGAACAAGAAAAUGAACCGGGUACACGUUUUACAUGUAAUGUACUUGAACAUUUAUUUAGUGCUAAUCAUAAUCCAUGGCAAAUGAUGAUUGCAUCACGUGAACGACGUUUAUUAGCGUCAAAUUAUCGUCUCAUUGCAUUUGGAGCAUUUUUAUGCGUACUUAAAUCAUUAUUAAUAUUAAAUCAAGCAUCAUUCAAAGAUAGUAAAAAAUAUUUAGAUCUAUGUAAAGAUAAAGCAUUAAAACAUAAAGAACAAAAUAAAUUGAACAAUAAAGAUAUUAACAGGCAAUUUCAACAUUAUUUUCGUCCAUGUCGUGAUCCACAUCCUGAAGAAUUAUCCGAUAUGGCAUUACGUAUAUUAAAUUCAUGUUGUGAUCAAGAUUGGAUACAAGAAAGAUGUUUAAAAGAAUCUGAUACAUUGUGUAAUCAAACAAAUUUAUGUGAUAAAUUACUUGAAGAAGGUCAAGCACAACAAUUAUUACGUCUUAUAUGUUAUAAAUCUAAUAAUGAAUUGAGACAAUUAUCAUUUGAUAAAGGUACAAAAAAUAUUAUAUCGUCAUUAUUACUCAAUUUAAAUCAAUGGACAUUACGUUCGACAAUAUUAGAAUUAAAAUUAAUGUUAAAACAAUUAGAAUAUCGUGAACCAAAACAAACGGAACAUAGUAAUCAUUUAUUACAAUCAAUAGCAAGUGCAACCAUUGAAUUAUUUCAACAUCAAACAGAUAAAAAAUAUAAUAUAAAUAAUUUAACAAACAAUAAUAAUAAUAAUAAUAAUAAUAAUAAUAAUAAUAGUACAACUGUUUUAUUUGAUCGGAAAGGUAUUUGGUUAAUAGCACCACUCAUUUCACGAUUACCAAAUAAUGUUCAAGGAAAAAUUUUACAAUUAGCUGGUAGUGUACUAGAAAAUGGUAAUUCAAUGUUAAAUUCAACAAAAUCAAAAGUUGAUAAAGAAAAUCAAGUAUUAAGAAGUAUUUCAUUGUUAAGUCAUCAACCAUUUUUAUCAUUGGUAUUAUCAUGUUUACAAGAUCAAGAUUCUCAACGUGCUGGUCUAUUAGAUUCAUUACGUGGACAAUUAGAACAAUUAUAUAAACAGGCUCCAAUUGUACAAGAUGAUCCAAAUAUGAAAGCCAUCAUAUUUGAAUCAUUACAACUUCGAUUGAGUUUAAUUGGUGGAAUGUUUGAAACAAUUAUUCGUAAUCAACAUUCAUCAACUGAAUGGAUAUCAGCAUUAUCUCAAUUGAUUGCAUCUGGUGUUAUUGAUACAAAAAAUAAUGAAAAAUUACUUAACACUGUUUUAGAUAUGCUAGGAGUUCUCAUUCAUAGUUUAAUUCCAGCCGAAGGAUCAAUUGAAUCAAGUCGUAUUUAUAUUAAUUUAGUUCGAAAAAUACGAAAAGAGCUUGGUGAGAGAACAUCAGACGCUUUAGAUGAAGUAAAACGACUCUUACCAUUGCAAAAGACGUCAUUUGAAAUAUAUGUUGUUGAACCAUUUGAUGCUGUAAGCAAUCGUGUAGUGAAUCAAGAAAUGAAAAAACAUGGUUUACAAGUGGCACGAAAGGAAAGAGUAAUCAGUUGGGAAGCCAUCGAAGGUGUCAAAACACAUACAGCCAUUUGUUAUUCAUGGUUUUGUGCGAGAAAAACAGAACGAAAACGUUUACGUUACGAAGAACAAUAUCGUUUAUUAUUGAGACAUAAGCAUACAUGUUUCGAUCGUGGACUAGGCUACUUUAAGAAUCCACCUGAUGUUCCCCCCGAAGUAUCUGAAAGUGAUUUAGAAAUUGUUGACAACAAACCAGAAGCGAUCGAUAUAACACCGACACAUCAUCAUCAACAACAAGUGCAAGUUCGUCAAACAUCGGAAAACAAAAGACGCGGUGGCGGUGCUUCGGGUACGUCAAUACGAAAAAAUACUCGAACGCGUAACACUACGCGUGCUCCAUCUGUCAUUCCACAAAAUCCAUCGUAUACACCGGCUCCAACACCUGGUGUAGGUGGUGGUUAUCGUACUUCACAAGAGCCAUAUCCUUGGUACAAUACCCAACAACAAAAUGUGAUGAAUAUGCAACAAGGACAACCAAAUAUGGUUCCACUGAACAAUACCUACGGGCAAUCAAUAAUACCUCCAAAAGCAAUUACACCAUCGACUCGAAUCGCCAUUAGUCGUCCGUCGUAUGCACAACCAACAAUGAAUGAACCACAAAUGAAUCCAAUUUUAAUGCCAACAACAACUAGACAAAUAUCCAAAAGAAAACUAGAACAGUCGUCAAUGUUUACUACUGAAGCAUAUGGCACACCACCAAAAAUGCAAAUGCCAGCGGGAGGUGGACAAUAUCAGAACUCAAUGAUAAUGCCGGAACGUAACAUAAUGCAAGGAAACUAUAAUGCAAAAAUGUACUCUCAAACGCCACAGAUGUCAAAUAAUCAAUAUAUCAAUCAACAAAUGGUUUCUAACCAACCAAAUAUGAUACCUCAAGGUUAUAAUGCAAACACUAUGAUGCAACAAGAACAAAAUUCGUAUGGUAGAGUUACAAUGCAACAAAAUGGCAAUGUUUCAUCAAUGAGUAAUCAAAUGAUGACCGGCAAUCAAGUUUGGCAAAAUCCAGUCCAAUCACAACAAGUUCCUACGAAUAUUGCCUCAGCUGCAAUAUAUGCACGUCAACAAUCUUAUUCAAAUAAUAUGCAGCAAUCACAAAUGGGUGGUAUUCAAAUUUCUCAAGUAAGUGGAUAA